CUGCUAAACGAAGCUAACCUGGAUCCACUCACCUGGCCAGAAUGCACAUGAAUAGCCUGCUGAACCGAUGGAGUUUGGAAGAGAGGGGUCAGCUCCCCCUGUCCACUUUAUUUAGACCCAGCCAGCCCCUAAAGAAUGACCUCAUCCCCUCCCUUAUGAGCUCAUCUCACACACUGCUGAGAACAGCCUGGGAUUCACCAGUUCAGCCUGCGUUGCUGUCAUGGAGUUAAACAGGGGUGGCUCAAGUACUAGUGGCACUAGUUUCUAAAGUUUCACCUUGUUCUGAUGAAAUCUCCAGGAUGUGUGAGGUGGACGUGUCCCCUGAGCCUGGCAGCCCCACGCUGCUCAGCGAGUCUGCAGACACCUACUGCCAGGCAGAUCGCUGGCACCGGCUCCGCACCAGCGUCCGAAAGCUGGAGUUCUGGGAGGACUUCAGCGCUGAGCUCAUAGGAAGUGGCUUUUUCUCCAAGGUCUACAAGGUGAUGCACAGCACCACUAAGAAGGUGAUGGUGGUGAAGAUUUAUAAGAAUGAUGUGGACCAGGACAGCAUCGUGAGAGAGAUCAGCCUCCUGCAGAAACUCUCCCACCCAAACAUAGUGAGGUAUCUUGGGAUUUGUGUGAAAGAAGAUAAGCUAUACCCAAUUCUUGAGUAUGUGAGCGGAGGCUGUCUGGAGGAGCUGCUGGCCAGGGAUGACAUCACGCUGUGUUGGAGGGAGAAGGUAGAGCUGGCCUGUGACAUCAGCAGAGGAAUGGCUUACCUUCAUUACAAGAAUAUUUACCACAGAGACCUCAAUUCCAAGAACUGUCUAAUCAGAGUGACCACACGGGGCAGAGAGGCCGUGGUGACAGAUUUUGGUCUGGCCAGAGAGGUGGGGGACCUGCCUGCAAACAAUCCAGACAGGAAGAUGUCUCUGGUAGGCUCUGCGUUCUGGAUGGCCCCUGAAAUGCUGAGAGGAGAACCAUAUGACCGCAAGGUGGACGUCUUUUCUUUUGGAAUCAUGCUGUGCGAGAUACUGGCAAGAAUUCCUGCUGACCCAGAAGUGCUGCCCAGAACACGGGACUACGGGCUGGAUGUUGAAGCAUUCAGUGAGUUGGUGCAGGGCUGUCCACAGCGGGUGCUCGAGCUGUCUGCCAGCUGCUGCCUGAUGGACGCAUAUCGGCGGCCAUCGUUCUCUGAGCUGCUGGAUGAGCUGGAGGACAUAGCAGAGAGCCUGGAGCCACCAGAUUCUCUGCUGACCACAGGGUGAGGGCGAAGCUUUUAAGCUCUCAAAUGACAUUCCCAGCCUAAAGGACUUUAUGGAGCUGCCCGCCGGUGUGCCUGCAGUGGUGGACCAUAACAAGCGUGAUAUGGUCAGAGGAACAACUACUUCAACUCUCUUGCUAUGAAGGACACGACCAGUAAAGAUCAUUUCAAUGCUAUGAAUGCCAUGUCUGCCGUGAACGUGUGGCUCAGGCCCCGGUACAGCUUUUGCUUUCUUUUUCCCUUUAUGAAACCUUUCUUUGGAGGGACCACAUUGUUUUAGUGACAAUGGGCUUUAUUCGAAGACCAAAGUCAAACAGGACCAACUCCUGAUUGCUCCCAUCUGUGGAAGUCAGGCUAAUCUAGGUUUACUCCUAGUGUAAUUUAACAUUGACUGGAAUUAAGAAGUUUAACCUUUGCAGAAGUUGCACAGUGAUUUGGAGUAAAAUACCCAGGCAUUCUUUUACUUCAGGGUUUAAAAUGCACCCUAAAUGUGGGAGAAUACUGGGUAUAAAGUUGUAUAGACGAGGUGACCUGUGUUGGAAAGAUGUGUGCGUGUGAGUGAGUUAUUUUUCUACUUUUAUACACUACAUUUUAUUCCCCUAGAAAGCUUGCACAUGCUUGCUGUCCUUCACUUUCAGCCUGUUUGUUCUGGAUUAUCUUCCAAUCAGCAGGUAUAACAGUCCAGUUUUCCAUGAAGACAGCUGUGCUACAUGCAUUGGGGGAGUUUACACAAGCAGCGUAAAUGUAACUGUAGCUGAGUCAAACUUCAGUAUGUUCUUUCAAAGAUUUGACACCAGUUGGACAACUAUAGCCUCCUGGAAACCCUUCUCAUCACUUGGAGGAAACAGUUAGUCUGGCACUUGAAUGAAUGCUCUCUCAGGAUUCACAGAGUACAUGAAUAUUCCUGUACCUUUGUUAGUCCCUGUGUUCUGUCCUUGUACAUUGAUUUGUCUUAGUCUGUCUUAGAAUGUCUUUGUUUUAGCAUUUCUAUACUAGAAUAUAUUUUGUUUACUGUAUCAAAUCAAGCUGUUUAUAUUCCUGAUUCUAAUUGUUUAUAUAGUGUUUGGUAACACAUUUUGCAAAAUUACUUGAUUGACAUAGAUUGGUAGAUUGUGAAAUAAAGAACUUUAACUAAG